AUGAUGCUAGAAAUCAGCGAUAAAACUUCGGACGUCAACUCAUUUUCAGAGCGAGAAACCCCAGACAGUGAAGAUCAGGAAGGCAGGGAGAGAAACGUUGCAUUAGAAGCGAGUUCAAAAACAAAUGAAUUGCUGCCAGCAACGGUCACGUUGAAACGAAUGGAGCGAUUGGCUCCUGUGUUUGAUCCACCCCAGAUUCGAAUUGCUGUGCGAGAGAAUGAAGCAAACACAGGGCUUGCAAAGCUUCGCGCCUUCUAUAUGGAUAACAGGCCUGGAAGCGUCACAUACAUUUUGCUUGCUGGUGACACAUCCCUAUUCAGCGUGAAUAGUUUUACCGGGUCGCUGCGCUUGCUACGUCCAUUGGACGCCGAGGAAGAGGCAUCAUACGAGAUCCGUAUCGGCACUGCCGAGGCAGGUGUACUGCGUACAGAACCGGAUUUGGCGCAUACAGCAGUGGUAAAAGUGGAUGUUCUGGACGCAAAUGACUGGAUACCCAAUUUUGAAUUGGAUAAUUACCAAUUCAAAGUAAGCGCGGACGCAGAGCCGGGUACUGUAGUAGGUCGAGUUGUUGCAUACGAUCAGGACAAGGAUGAGCCAAAUAAUAAGAUUCGCUAUCGAAUCAUGGAAAAUAGCGACGCUGGAGCAGAAUAUUUCAGUGUGGAUCGUGACACAGGUGUACUGACAGUUGCCAACCGCCUUCACUCACUUUCCAGCAAACUCAUUUCGGUGAUUCUUUUUUUUUUCUCAUUUACGCUAUGA